ACAACCUCCCGAGCAAACUCAAGCUCUGCCAACGCGAUCCAGCAAGAGAAAACUGCUGCAAAGCACCGAAAACGAUUGCUGAAGCUGCAUCGCUCAUCCACGAUCCUUUUCAUACCUCACGAUCAUCCGCGACAUCAUGAGCAAUUGAGCGCGCCUGCCAACACGCUUAGGUGGUCCUAGACGCCGAUUUGCGCCAGCAACGAUAGAUGCUCGCGUUCAUCAAGAGCAGAGGUGCGAAUAGAGAGUGUGUAGAGGUGGCAGCGCGCCAGGACAUCUCCUUGCUCCGAUUGUAAGGUCACGAUGGCCUGGCCAUCACAGUCUGGUAUGGGCCUGGGCUCGAAUGGGGGAGGAAAUGGAGGUGGAGCAGAGGGCUCGCAGCAGCAAGUGAACCAACCGCAAGGCACCGAGUAUACUCUGCAAGGUGUUAUGCGCUUUCUCCAGACCGAAUGGCAUAGACAUGAACGGGACCGCAAUGGCUGGGAGAUUGAACGGCAGGAGAUGAAAGGACGAAUAGCGAGGCUAGAGGGCAGUACGAGAAAAUCUGAUACCAGCAACAAGAGCUUGAAGAAGUACAUUACUAUGCUGGAGGAUGCUUUGAAGAAACGAGACGAGCAGGUCAAGGCUUUGAAAGCUGGGAACGACGUUCAAUUGAAGGAGUCGAUCAAAGAAGGCAAGGCAAAAGAGAGCUUGGCUGUGAAGAGAGAUCGACCUGUACAAGAGAAGCCUCACAAUUCCUUUCUGGACACCGAAGACGGCGAGGGCGAGGAGAAACCAGAAGAUGACCCAGAUCGCUCGAGUCUGAAAGGAUUUAUGGACAAGACACAAGGUGAAUUGACAUAUCUCAUGGUCUCACCCUCGAAUCCAUUACCGCCCCGAGAUGCUCCCGACGAGAUCUUGCUGCAGCCUCCGUCCUUCGGCAACCCUACCCAACAAAGCCUGGAAGAUAUGUAUCAGCAGCAAGCUCGGCAAAAGAACAUGCGAGAAUCGAGUCUCUCACGACCAUCUCCAUCACCAAAUCAUCAUCCACCUCCAGUUCCUUCAGCCAUAACCAUUGUUGAGAGACUAAGCAGAGGCUCAGAACCCCCAGUCUCCCGGUCUCUCGCUGAUCAGCAACCAUUACCUACAGCUUCGGCACAGGAAUGGUCUUCCACUUUCCAAGCUGCAGACCAGGUUCCAGAAGAACAAGUUACGAAGAUCAAUCAUAGCUACGACGCAUAUGGACGAGAAAUCAAUGCUGAGGAGUCCGAACCAAAGCCCAAGACGGAAGCAGAUGGAUGGGACUUCAAUGAUGCAGCAGAAUUUCCAGAGCCUGAAGUGAAGCCAACGCCGCAGAGACCAGACACCGACCUAUUCCCCAUCGCUCAAGAACCUCCAAAGUCUCCAAACCGUGGCCCAGGGUCUCAUCGUAGAAAAGGUUCCAUGUCGCGAAGAAAAAGUGCAGACCACGAGCUGUCUUUGAAUCCAACACAAAAGAUUGACGGUGGUAACUUUAAGGUCAGGUUUGGUUUGAGAGGCCACUUAGAUGCUGUACGAUCUGUGAUUUUCACAGGGGGUGGAAGUCCUGGAGAACCUGAGUUAUGCACAGCUGGAGAUGAUGGAACUAUCAAACGAUGGAUUCUACCUGCUCGAUACGAGAACACAGGAGGCAUGCACACCAGCUCCAACGAUCUUGAUGUCCAGAGCUAUUUCACGCACCGAGGACAUGCUGGUGCAGUCAUGUCACUUACAUCAUGGUCUCCAUCACAAAACUUCUCAAGUGGUGGACGUGCUCAAGGCGACGGGUGGAUCUUCUCAGGAGGACAGGAUGCUACCGUCCGUGUUUGGGAACGUGGUAGGGUUGAUCCAAAAGCAACACUUGAUGGGCAUACCGAUGCCGUUUGGACUGUCUGUGUCCUUCCAGGAACUACCGGCACGGUCUUCGGGCAGAGCAACGCUUAUGGAGGACCCGACCGAAUCUUACUUGCAUCUGGAGCUGCAGACGGGACCGUUAAAGUCUGGUCUGUCAGUGCGCCGCCGCAGUUGAUGUCUCCACAAGGUGGUAGUGCACGGAGAGGAGGACGUGUCCGCGGCAAUUCAAUGUCAUCCGGAUCAGCCUUCCCCUCCUCACCACAACCAAGUGUCGCAUCCAACUCUCCCUUCAGCCAUACCCUCAUUCACACCAUCUCAAGAGCCAACAGCACUGCUUCACCUACUUGUAUCACUCCUCUCUCAGCUUCUGGUGAUGCAUUUGUUGUUGCUUACUCAGAUGCUGCUGUUCUUGUAUACGAUACUAGAACAGGCGAGGAAGUAGCUGCUAUGGCAAGUUUGGAAACCUACAACAACACGGUUGGGACUGGUGUGAAUGCCAUUGUUGCUACAACUAAUGGCCUUGAUGGGUCAUUGAGCUUCGAUUCCGGCCGCGGUUUGGCAGAGGAUGACAGUGUUGUCGGUGGUGCGACAGGAACCAGUGGUGGCGUUGAAGGCAUCAUAAUUUCUGGUCACGAAGACCGCUACAUUCGCUUUUAUGAUGCUAAUAGUGGUCAAUGCACGUACAACAUGCUCGCACACCCAGCCGCCAUCUCUGCCCUUUCCUUGUCGCCAGAUGGAAGAGAACUUGUCAGCGCAGGCCACGAUGCCAGCUUGAGGUUUUGGAGUUUGGAGAAAAGAAGUUGCAUUCAAGAGAUCACCAGCCAUAGGCUGAUGAGAGGUGAAGGGGUGUGCUCUGUUACCUGGAGCAGAGAUGGAAGAUGGGUCGUCAGUGCAGGGGGAGAUGGUGUUGUGAAAGUUUUCGCCCGAUGAAUAAUCUUGUCUGGCGCCCGGGAGGAAUUGCUGUGGAGGAUAUCUGUUGCGAUAAGAUCGGAUACGAAUCGAAUACCCACCCGUCUCUGUUGUAUUUCGGAAAACAUAUCGGCAUGGCAUGGGGAGUUGCAUCGAGUUGCUGAGCUCCGAACCAGAAUUGCAAUAUGGACACGAAGCUGAGAUGAGACGAGAUGAGACACCUUGUAGUUUAGAUCAUACCAUAGCGCACCUUUUCAUUGAUGGGAAGGAAGAUAAUUGUACAAAAUGGAUACCAUGCCAGCCAGUACUCAAGCCAAAGUCAAAGUACUCAUG